GCGGCGAGCGCAGGCAGCCAGCGGUGGAAGCUGAAGGAAUCUGCCUGUGACAGUGGACCGGUCAGUGGAGCCCGGAGACAGUGGAGGCUACCGCCGGGGAGUAACGCUGUGCACGGCCGCGAGGAGCACACACACGGCGGGAAACGGACUCUUUGAUCCUCGUUGAAGACAGGAAGGAGAAAUAUGAGCGCCGUGCUGGGCAGCGCCGGGCGCUUCAUCCAAUUGGCGAGGAGCGGCGUCACCCUGAGUCUGAGGAGACGAUCCACCGCCGCUGCUUUGGCCCAAACUCCAGACACCCAGGAGAACAGGAAGCCAAAGACGGGGAUCCUCAUGCUGAACAUGGGCGGACCCGAGAAGCUGGAGGACGUCCACGACUUCCUGCUGCGGCUCUUCAUGGACACCGACCUGAUGAAACUUCCUGUGCAGAAUAAGCUGGGUCCGUUCAUCGCCAAGCGCCGCACGCCCAAGAUCCAGGAGCAGUACAGCAAGAUCGGAGGAGGCUCGCCCAUCAAGCGCUGGACCGCCAUGCAGGGCGAGGGCAUGGUGAAGCUGCUGGACGAGAUGAGCCCGGAGACAGCUCCUCACAAGUUCUACAUCGGGUUCCGCUACUUCCACCCGCUGACGGAGGAGGCCAUCGAGGAGAUGAGAGGACGGGGUGAGCGCGCCGUGGCCUUCACGCAGUACCCGCAGUACAGCUGCUCCACCACAGGCAGCAGCCUCAACGCCAUCUACCGUUACGAUAGCAGAGCAGACCGGCCCAAAAUGAGCUGGAGCGUCAUCGACCGCUGGCCCACACACCCUCUGCUGGUGGAGUGUUUUGCAGAACACGUCAGAAACGAACUUUUAAAGUUUCCGGAAGACAAACGAGACGACGUGGUGAUUCUCUUCUCGGCACACUCGCUCCCGAUGGCUGUGGUGAACAGAGGGGACCCCUACCCUCAGGAAGUCGGAGCCACGGUGCAGCGAGUGAUGGAGCGGCUGGGACACUGUAACCCGUACAGACUGGUGUGGCAGUCCAGGGUGGGCCCCAUGGCCUGGCUCGGCCCGCAGACCGACGAGGUGAUCAAAGGCCUGUGUGAGCGAGGGAAGAAGAACCUGCUGCUGGUUCCCAUCGCCUUCACCUCCGACCACAUCGAGACGCUGCACGAGCUGGACAUCGAGUACGGCCAGGUGCUGGGAGAGGAGUGUGGAGUGGAGAACAUCAGGAGAGCCGAGUCGCUGAACGGAAACCCUCUGUUUAUGAAGGCCCUGGCAGACCUGGUCCAGUCCCACCUGAAGUCCAACGAGCCGUGCUCCCGCCAGCUGACCCUGCGCUGCCCGCUCUGCACCAACCCCACCUGCGGAGAGACCAAGGCCUUCUUCUCCAACCAGAAGCUGUCCUAGAGCCGCCUGAGGACGGACUUUAAGCCCCCAGCGAGCACAUCCAUCCCCUCCCCCCCCCACAGACCUCCAGACCCCCCCUCCACCUGUCAGGAGACCCACAGAGGUCUGUCUGCUGGGGUGCCUGAGAAGAUGCACUCUUUCAUUCAGACUUACAUUCCCUCUGUCCAUGUGCUGAAGUCACCCUUGGCCCCGGCCCACUUCUGUGGCUCCUGCACCGCGAUUGGGGGAUGGUGGGUGUGUGUGUGUGCUGCUGUCAGAGCCAGAGAGGCUGGAAAGGUGAGGUAAUGUUAGGUCAAAACAGAGUGCAUCAAGUCUCCGGAUGAUUCAACUUUAUUUUUUUUCACUAAAUCUCUCCGCUUCGUGCUUUUUCUGGACCUGCAGAAACGCUGUGAAACGUCCCCUCUUCGGGGGUUUUCACAUGUUUGGCAGCCCUGAUAUACACCACGUCUUCUCUGGACUUCAGCCUUCUUUAAAAAGCAAACUGACCCAUGAGUUCAGGUACAGAAGCAAACUCUCUCUAACUCUGGUUUCUUUACAAGAUCGUUACAUUAUCACGUUAGAAAUCCAAGUUUAAAGUGUUUGUGGAUGAAUCCCAUUUUCUAUCAAUACUAGUGCUGUUAAUGAGACUGGAAACGUGCCGUCUGCCUCCUGCUGCGCCGCUUUCGUCUCUGCUGUCCCACCUGAAAAUGUGCCUUUCACACUGGCUAACCACAAAACACUGGACUCGUGUCUUUAUGUCGACGCGUUUCCCAUGUGCGUAAUCUGAGGAAAAAUCCCCCCAUGAGGCCUGAGUUUACAUGUUCCUGCUGUGAUCAGGGCUUCCCACAGCACCGGGCUAACUGGCUCGGUUAGCCACGGAGCGAAGCGUCGGCUCUCUCUCCUUCACUGUGCUCAUCGGUCUGUCCGUCGGUGCUGCUUUUCCAUCCUGUUUGCAACGUGGGAGCAUGUCAAGGUCAAGCUGGAAGGAAGCUUUCACCGAAACCUCCUGCCUCAAUACACACAUCAGGAAGAUGCUGAAAAGAUACUGGUAGCUAGCUAGCUAGCAUGACCUCUUGCCCUGAUACUUCCAGUACUUAACCCUGCUCAUUAGCAAUACUUGAUUGCUAGCUAUCUUGCUAUACACGUGCUGCAGUGCUAAUGUAGAUGCUAACUUAUAAGUUAGCUAGCUCUUAGAAGUAAUGUGAUCUUAAAAAAACAUAACAUGAGGGAAGCUUCAUUUCCAAACUUCCUGAAGUCUGUAAAUUAUCCCUGACUUUAUGAUAAAGUGUUGGGAAAACAGAUUUCUCGGAUUGUGUUGGCGCCUAGCGCCCGACGCUAACAGAAGAAACGUAGCUGAAACAGAGAAAUGCAGAUGAGAGCUUUAGAGUGACAUGUUUUAACCUUCCAAAGGUUUUCUAGCAGGUUUUUUUUUCUUAAGAAAACGACUGCAACAUUGUCAGAACUGCAGGAAAGACGAACAGCUGAUCGCAGCACAUGAAACGUGCACGCUUCUGCGCACGGGGAGGAUUUUUCCACCAUGUUUAAUUUAUUUAGAAGAGACGAUACUUUGUUGUUCAGGUUUAUUUAUUGGAGAAUUUUUUUUUUUGUUGUUGUGCGCACACACACACACACACACACACACACACCCAUUAUGUGUUUUUUUUUUUUUUUUUUGGGCUAUUUUGGAAAUUAACAGUGCAAUUACACUUCAUAAUGUCUUCCUUCAAAAUAAAAUGCAAAGAAAGAGCAGCCUGGUGUUUGCUUAUGUGAGUUAUUUUAAUGUGAAAGGUCCCAUUUAAGGUUUGUACAGUGUUUGUCUUUUGUGAUUAAAACAUUAAAGAAGUAUUUUGACAUGAAACUCCUUUUCCUGUAA